AUGGCUGUCACAAUUAGCACUCUCCCUACCGAGAUCUUCCACGAGGUACUUCAUUAUGCCGUCGAGGACUCAAGCCCUGCUAUUAUCUCUUGCCUAGACUUGGUAUUAUCUUGUGGCCAAUCACUAGAUCGCUUCAUGACAUGCCACAACAAGCAGGCUCUCACCCUAACACAAUCCUUUACCUUAUACCUCAACCAUGAUGAUCACUCAGAUAGGCUGGACAAAGCGAAAUGGGACAAAGCGGAACUACGUAUCCCACAGUUGACAAAUGUUAUCCCGUCUAUGACUAAUCUUAAGUCAUUCUCUCUCAUGCGCCAUCAUCGCACUAUGAAAAGUCCUCUCGAACCUUGGUCGGAUUAUGAACUAUACAAGGCCACAAGAUCAACCUUAUCAUCUUUACUGAAUAGCCUCCCUGAAAGCUGCAUCAAUCUAGAGCUUGCGGUGGGAGACAUAAAUGGCAGCGGCCCCGACCCAAACCGCACGCAUGUAUGCGAGGAUCUGCGGCGCUUGCUACCGCGCAUGAAACACGUUCACAUCAUUUUGAACCCCACUUGCGAUGCAAUGCUAGGCACGUGGGAUAGAGACAAAACCUUCCACCCUAUUAGUCUACCGUACCUACAACGUUUCCACUUGGACUACGUCGAGAAGGAGAAACGGGAAGAUUUGCACCAGCCCCGGCCUUUAACAACCUGGUCCUCGCUGGCCCAUGGGCUUCAGAAGGUAGCUAUGCUGCCAGAGACACCAAACUCGGCCAGGAUUACAGUUUUGGGAGUCACACCAUCGGGUGGCGAGUGCGACUACUCCAUACAUCGGACUUUCUUGCGCUGCAACAUAAGCGACAAGGGCCGCGACGCCAAGACAUGGGCAUUUCCAAUUACAGGGCUAGCAGGCCUGAAUCACAGGCAGGCCUACUAUAUCCGGAUGGGGGAUGAAGAGGCAUUUGUAGUUCUCGACAAAAGAGACUUUAUCAGUGUGGCGGGGGGACAGUCAUGGAAAACAUUAGCCACAGGCACAAGAUUACCUGCAGCUUGGACUAACGGCAAAGCAUUGAUGCCAGACUAUGGCAUAUUUGAAUACGCAGAGUGGUCCAAAAUGUAUCCCAAAAAGCAUCCUAUGCUGAUCCGUAAUGAACGGCUAGCUGGACAGUGUCUUAUACGCGCAGAGGAACGUGAGGGAUAUCAGAACACGACAAGCUUAGUGGAACAAACACCGGAAGGUUUUGUACGGUAUGGCGGAGAUGUGUCACGGAACUGGCGGCUUUACAGAGUGGAUGAAGAAGGUCCAGAGGACUGGGACCCUGAUGCACCAAACGGACCUGUGGGUUGA